AUGCUGCUCGCUCAGGAGCUCUACCUUAAGGCGGUGCUGACUGAUACUCUGGCGCUCUUUGGGGGAUUGACUGUGGUUUUCUGCCUGUUGAAAUUCACUUGGAAAUGUUGGUGUGGACUCAGACAGUUUGUCUUAUCAGAGCACUGGCAGCAGGAUCUGCGGACAUACGGGCAAUGGGCAGUUGUUACCGGCGCCACAUCUGGUAUCGGUAAAGCUUAUGCUUCUGAGUUGGCACGAAGGGGUCUUGAUGUCGUCUUAGUAGGAAGAUCUGAUGUUAAGCUUCAAAUGGUUGCCAAGGAAAUCAGAAAUGAGUAUGGACGAAAGACUCACACCAUCCAAGUGGACUUCACUGAGGGCGGCGGCAUCUACUCAUCCAUUGCUAAGGAGCUCCAGGGCCUGCAGAUAGGGAUUCUGGUCAACAACGUUGGAAUGACCUGCACGGAUCAUUUUGCUUAUUUUCUGGAAACACCAGAUGCUGAACAGAAAAUAACUCAGAUCAUCAACUGCAACAUGCUGUCUGUACCCCAGAUGACCAGACUGGUUCUUCCUGGGAUGGUGGACAGAGGCAAAGGAUUAAUUAUUAAUAUCUCCUCCGAAGCGGGCGUCCGUCCACACCCAUUGCUCGCUCUUUAUUCGGCCACUAAGAUUUUUGUAACGUAUUUCUCCCAGUGUUUGCAUGCUGAGUACAAGUCAAUGGGAAUCACUGUCCAGUGUGUGGCCCCCCUCAUGGUUUCCACCAACAUGACACAGAACAUGCAGGUCAACUGUUUGGUGAAAAGCGCAGCAGGGUUUGCCUACAAGGCAGUGAACACCAUAGGUCACUCCAGCUACACCAGCGGCUGUCUGUCCCAUGCCCUGCAGAGUGCGGCUCUCUCGCUCCUGCUGCCAGACUGGCUCCGGAUGUCCACUUUCUUCGUUAGGGUGUUAAGAAACGUUCCGAAUAUAAGGACCUAUCAGAGAGCAGAAUCUGAGGAAAAGGAGUGGAGCAGUGCAAAGAAGAAAUAG